AUGUCAGUUAAAACUAAGGAUUAUACAUUAUACAAUGAGAUAUGCAAAUGUGAAGAUCUUGAUUAUUUAGCCGAAUGUCUAUCAAGUGAUUUGGCUCAAAAUGAAAAGACAUCUAAACUUGUACGUUCGGAAGCAUUUUGGAGACGAGCUUUUGAAGAUCGUUGGCCACACCUCAACAAGAAAAAGGCAAAAUCUAAAACCUGGUUGCAGACUUAUAUGGAAAUGCAUGCAGCUGAAACCAUAGAGAACUUGAAUCCUGAUGACUGCACCAGAAAAACCAUCGAUAAUUUACAAAAUCUUUGCUCUCAACACGUUAAAGAAUUGAAUUUGACUCAAAUGGUGCCUAAUAACGUCGUUGAUAAUGAGCAUAUACCAAUAUCAUGUUUUCUCGAAUGCUUUCCUCAUUUAACAAAGUUACACAUAACAUAUAGUGUGAAAGAUUUGAGGCGACAGUUUGAAUUUGGCUGCUACGAUCCAACACUUCUGGACAUCAAAGAUUUGUCAAAUGGUCUCGCUAAUUGCACACAUCUUAGAUCACUUAAAAUAUAUAGAACAAGACUAUGUGGGGGAACUGCUUUUCUUUUUGAUUCUUUAUUACGAUGUGGCUUGGAAGAGUUGUCACUUCCACAUUGUUCCUUAGGAGAUGAAGGAGCUGCACAUGUCGCCAGUUUAGUACAGUCAAACGCUAUGCUCAGAUAUUUGGAUCUUUGUGACAAUGAAAUAGGUAAUAUCGGCGGACAAUUACUGGCAUCAGCAAUCUUUGAAAGUUCUAAUGAAGAUUCUGAAUCAGAUGAAUUAUCCUUGUUGGGAUUGUCGCUGAGGCUAAAUCCAAUAAAAGACGAAGCUGCCUCUAAAAUCUUUAAAGGACUUACAUUCAAUAAGCAAAUUAAGUUUGUCGAUUUAUCAUGCUGUUCUAUAACUGCUAAAGUUUUCGAGCAAUUUGCGCUUUGCUAUAAAAAUAAUGCGCAUUUGGAAGAAAUUAAUUUAUCAAACAACUAUUUAGGAAAGGCGUUUUCUGAAAAAUUUGUUGAAGAGCAAUUAUCCAAUCAACAAAUCAGAAUUUUAGAUCUACGUGUUACUGGUUGUGAUUCUGAAAUUUUGAAAACUGUCGAAAAACAGUUGUAUGAUAAUCGAAAACGUAUAGAACACACCUUGUCCAUUCGAGCUGGAAAAUGGAGACAAAGUGUUAUAGAACGACGAAGAAGAACUUAA